AUGUGCGAUAGAAUUUCCCGUGUAUUGUCGGGGCUCAGCGGCUGGUGGGGGUUGCGGAGGAGGUCGGGGGGGUCCCGCCUCUUCAGUGCGAGGAAGGGACGGCACCACCGACAUAAAGGGUUGCUUGUGAUCUGCGGGGCGCGUGCGGGCCUCUCGAAGAGAGGGCAGGAGUCGCAUCGCCCCUGCGCACAAAGUCGCGAUUCGAUGCCCUAUUUCUGCGAGGAGAUCAGGAAUAGAGUCCUCGCCACACCGACAGCCGCCUGUCACGCGGUGUGUGCGACUUCCUUUUUCUCCUGCACAUCCUUCCAUUAUAACCUCUUGACGGCGGCAAAGAAGCCCACGUGCCAGGCAGUGACGCAGUCCUGCGAGAGGGAUCGUGCAAUCGUGACUUCGUCCUCAGCGGCCUCAUUGCGUGGAAUACCGCAGUGUGAUGGGAAAUAUAAAAUCCACAGGGUGAACUCGCUUCAUCAAGGAAAGCAGCAUAAUUCAAAUUUCUUCAGUAACGCGGUCUCGCACGGUCGGUGGGGCAACGCGGAGUGCCUCAAUUGCCGACAGGGAGUCCGUUUCCUCCAGCAUUCGUGUGGGCGAUUGGGAUUUUUCCAGACAAGGAGGUAUGAGAUGUCUAAAAACAUUUUUGAUCGCAAGGCACUCUGCUCUAUAUGA